GCAGGCGCGCGCUGUGCUGGAGCAUUCAUAGAUACACACACAAAGAGAGACACGCAGAGAGAGCUCCAGCAACAUUUUAAACGGUAUAACUUCUCUAAAACUGUACAGAUAUAUAACAAUGCCAGCCACGUCUGAGCUCCUGCACGGGUCGGGCGGUGAAGCGGUGGAGGAGCCGGUUAAGGAGAAGAGCGCUGAUCCUGCUGCUCAUUUCUCUCUGUUCUGUGAUGAGCGCGGAUAUCUGAACCAGAUCCAGUACAUUCUACAGAACGGAGUGAAGAAGGGAGACCGGACCGGGACCGGGGUCGUGUCUGUGUUCGGGUUACAGGCCAGAUACAGCCUCAGAGAUCAGUUCCCUUUACUCACCACCAAGAGAGUCUUCUGGAAGGGGAUCUUAGAGGAGCUGCUGUGGUUCAUAAAGGGUUCAACAAAUGCCAAAGAGCUUUCAGAGAAAGGUGUAAAGAUUUGGGAUGCGAAUGGGUCACGGGACUUCCUGGACAAGAGUGGAUUUACUGAGCGGGAGGAGGGAGAUCUAGGACCUGUAUAUGGUUUUCAGUGGAGGCACUAUGGUGCUGAAUAUAAAGACAUGCACACAGAUUACUCUGGGAAAGGUGUUGACCAAUUGCAGAAAGUCAUUGACACCAUUAAGUCCAAUCCAGAAGACAGGAGGAUCAUUAUGUGUGCUUGGAACCCUAAAGAUUUGCCUCUGAUGGCUCUUCCACCCUGCCAUGCUCUGUGCCAGUUCUAUGUCUCUGAGGGUGAACUGUCUUGCCAGUUAUACCAGCGCUCGGGGGAUAUCGGUCUGGGUGUUCCAUUCAAUAUCGCAAGCUAUGCCCUUCUGACAUACAUGAUAGCACACAUCACAGGACUCAAGCCUGGUGAUUUUGUACAUACUCUUGGUGAUGCCCACAUCUACUUGAAUCACAUCGAACCUCUGAAAGUUCAGCUUCAGAGGGAACCUCGCCCUUUCCCCAAAUUGAAGAUUCGUCGCACUGUGGAACGCAUUGAUGAUUUCACAGCCGAGGAUUUUGAGAUUUGUGGCUAUGAUCCCUACCCCACUAUAAAGAUGCAGAUGGCAGUAUAAAAACCACAAACUCUCGGCUUGAGGGAGUAGUGUUUUUAAAACAUGUUUCUGUAAUUGUAUCUAAUGUGUGAUGGAUGCGUUUGUUGAUGAUUGGUGCUGGUUUUUGUAUGUGGUUACUGAGGAAAACAAUGUAAAUAUUUGUGUACUAAUGUACAUUUUUCUUUAUUUUAUUUUUUUUUAUAAUUUUAUUGUUUUUAAGGUUUAUAAAAUUGCACUUGAAAUAAACAUUUUUCAACUUUA